GUUCACUUUGCUUAUCCGUUCCAUCUAGUUCAUCGAUCGUAAGUCUAUCUAUAUCUGACAACCAACCAAUCAAUCCAAAGGUAAGCAACCAUGGUCUCUCAUCGAGGUUACUACAUCAAUCCCAACACAGCGAUCAACAUUGACACUAAGUUUGUUCCCUGUCCGCCGGGCCUCUUCCGACGGUACAUGUUUGUGCCGCUCGUUGGGGAUUACCUCACCCUGGAGUCCCUCCUCCAGGCCAUGGUUCACACCGUGCAGGCAGGCGAGGGGAUCGGUGGGGUCAAAGUAGAUGACGCGCGUCUGGGCGGGGUCUGGUUCCAGUUCAACGUGACGGAAGAGGAGCCUAUUGAGCCUCGACAGCACCUGGAAGCGGUGGCAGACCUGAAGAAGAGGACCCUGGGUUUGAUGGAGUUGAUCAACCUUGACCGCGGGUUUACACGCUGCCAAAUGGGCGUCUUCCGACGGUUCAUGUUUGUGCCACUCACAGGGCAUUACUUCACCCUGGUGUCCCUCCUCCAGGCCAUGCUUUCCGCCGUGAGAGCGGGCGAGGGGAUCCCCGCGACCAGUAUAGAUGCCGUGCGUGCGGGAGGGGUCUGGUUCCGGUUUGAUGUGGUAGAGGAGGGACUGAUCGAGCCCCGACUGCGCUUGGAGGCGAUGGCUGAGCUGAAGAUGCGGAUCUUGCGUUUGAUGGGGAUAUGAAUGGAUGGUGGGGGUUUUGUUUGAGAAGGGUACUAUCUUGUAUGGGUGGGGUGUCUUGACUAUGGGAUUGUUCUCUUUAUACCCUAGCAUUAUCUCCUUCUUUCAUUCAUUCUUUCUUGCGCUCUUUCUUUCUGUGUUUGUCCUGGUCUGAUUGAGUGUUUCCAUCUUCGCAGGUAUAAAUAUCCAGAACGCCCAUUGGUAGAUUAGUCUAUUCC